AUGGCAGCUUCCACACGAGCCUCGACUGGCCAUUCCAAGCCACGCGUGCACCUAACCGUGUCCACCGAGCCGGAACGCAAGCGACAAGGUGGCAAUACCACCACCACCCAUCGCCACGCCGGUGUCAAGAAGCAGACCGGAGCGACAAGAGCCCCAGCUACCCACCAUAAGCGGAAGCCACACCUAAGCGAUAAGAUUGCGGGCGCCGCAGAGAAGUUGGUUGGCAAGAUCACACGCAGACCGGGGAAGAAGGCUGCGGGGACACGCAAGAUGCGCGGAACGGACGGGAAGGGCAGCCAUGUCAAGCGGGUGUAA